GCAGCGCAGCAGCGAUAAUGGUGUGGUGAUAAUAAAUAAUGUGAUAAAAAUAGAAUAAAUUUGCGAGACUGAUGAGUCCUUUUGUUUAGUGUUAACUUACCAGCGAGUCUGUCUACAGGCUUCUAAAUAAAAUACAAUAAUGUCGACCGGUAGUGUUAGCGGUGAGUCUAUCGAGCGAUGGUCUGCUUCGAGCCCCCAAGAGCUUAGCGCCCACAGUUCCCCAGCGCAGCUAGUGCCUCAGUUCGAGUGUUCCUUGGAUACCUUACUUCUAACGGAGGACAUUCAGUGUGCCACUACCCCAUUCUUGAAGAUCAUUGAACAACCACAAGGUCACUAUAAGUUUAGGUACCGAACUGAGAUGCAGAGUUCGCAUGGCUGCCUGCGUGGGAAAAGUUAUGUGAAGAACUCGAAUCAAAACCCUUGUCCUGGUGUUGAGCUGGUCAACUAUAAUGGACCUGCGCUGAUAAAAUGCAAAUUGGCACAGUUUGACAAUGUUCAUGAACAUCCCCAUAGAUUAUGCAUUGAUGAUAUUGGCGAUAUCACUUUUGAUGUCCCAAAAGGAGAUUCCUACAAAGCUUGGUUUCCGGAUCUGUACAUCGUACACACUCCAGCCAAAGAUGUUUUGGAUUGGUUGUACAGGGGACAUGACACCGAGAAUUUGAACACUGAAGGAAGAGGAUUAAUUCGAAAACAGUGUGAAAACAUGGCAAAAUUGAUUGAAAUGAACAUUGUUCGCCUAAAAUUCAGCGCGCACCGUCUUGACUCAGGCGAAGAGAUUUGUGCUCCAGUUUUUUCGGAACCAAUUAGAAAUCUAAAAAGUGCAGCCACAAAUAUUCUUAAGAUAUGCCGCUUGAGUCGCUGUUAUGGCCGUGUCAGUGGGGGAGAUGAUGUUAUUAUGCUGGUGGAAAAAGUAAUUAAAAAAAACGUCAUGAUUCGGUUUUUCGAGUUAAACGAAGACGGCAAAGAAAUAUGGUCAGGAAAUGGGACGUUUUCGGAGAACGAUGUUCACCAUCAAUAUGCCAUAGUAUUCAGGACACCUCCAUACAAGGACCUCAGGAUCACAAAAAGAGUACAAGUUUUCGUGGAACUAGUACGACCAUCGGACGGGAAAAAGAGCGAGCCCAUAGAAUUUUACUACACCCCCGAGGUCGUUCCUUUUAGUAAGAAACGAAAACUUGAUGAUUUUUUCGAAAAGCAAAAAUCCAUACCAAUCGUCAACAACUCUUUGGAAAGUUUUAUAGAAGUGAAUCAACCGGUAACACCGAACCAACACCCAGAUGAGUUAUGGAUGUCAAAUGGAACCCAACUGAGUCAAAUGUCCUGUGGUCAAGACCAAAGCCCGCUCCUAGCCCAAGCUAGCAUAAUGAGUCGACAAAGCGACGGCAAUGCCAUUAUGACAUUUAAAAUACCCGUUGCCCCCGCGCAAAUGAAUACUAGUUAUUCCAAUGAUGUCAAUGAUAUGGACGUAUUUGCGGAUUCAGAUUUUACUGAAUACUUCGACUCGCUUUUAGCUGAAUUUGAGCCUAACUUUGUGGCAGACACAGGGCGCGGGGACGUAAGAACGACACAUCAAGACAAAGAAGUUGAUGACCAGACCAUUAUAAAAAUGAUGGCUAUUGAGCUGCAAAAAAUCGUCGAGAUGAUAAGAAUUAAACGCGAGAGCUUUGAAAAUAGGUUGGAAGCACUCUUUGAUCUUCGGCUUUCAAAUGGCGACACGUUCCUCCACGUGACCCUGGACAGCAAGCAGCCUUUGGUGAACUACCUCAUCGACCUGAUCCACGACUCCAAUAUGACUCACUUGCUCAACCUCAAGAAUGCGUCGGCGCAGACUAUACUCCAUCGAGCGGUGGCGGACAACUUGUCUGAUAUGAUACCAUUGUUGAUAUCUAAAGGUUGUGACCCGAUGGUGGAGGAUUUGGAAGGGAACAACGCAAUUCAUUACGGUGUGAAAAACGAAGACUCUUUGGGCCCACUCCUAGCCGCCACCGAGAAGUUUCAAGUGCCUCGCAAUCUAGACGCUUGCAAUUACGAAAAACAGACGCCCCUGCACUUGGCAGUGUUAUACAAAAGCGUGGAGAGCGCUCGCGUUCUACUAGAAAGCGGGGUGGAUUGCGGGACGCGGGACGCUGCGGGACGCACGCCCCUGCACCUGGCCGCGUUAGACGACUAUCUGCCCGUCACUGGGCUGCUGUUGGGACACAUGCACCCGGACCAAGUGAAUGCAGUGGACGACCGAGGGUAUACUGCUCUGCAAAUACUCUGCGAUAAGAACACCACUAAUGUUACUAUUGAGAUGGUUAAACUAUUGCUGGAAAACAAGGCUGACCCGGUACAGCACCAGAAGCAUAAUUUGUCAGCCUGGCAGCUGGCGAAGACGAAGCCUCCGCUCAGAGACUUGCUCCAGAAAUAUGUAGCAGCUGACCAAGACGAAUGCGAUUCAGAGGAUGAAUUCAAAUCGGCUGAUGAGGGAGACUCGGCCGAUCAAGCUGAAGAUUCACCAUAAACAACAAGUUUUUAAAUGCAUUUGGGAAUAGUGAAGAAACAUUUAUUAAAUAUUUCUGUUUGAGCAAAGCCAUCCAGAAAACCUAUUGUGCCCUCAAGGGCAAACUAAAAAACUUGAUAGGCAUCAAUGCCUUUCAAGUUUUUUUAGUUAAUCCUAAAUUUUUCUUCAAUUAUUUUUUGAUGCAUUGAUUGAGAAUAUGAAGUACCUAAGUGCAAGUUACACUUGUAUAAUUUAAAAAUCAUCACACGAUUUGACGUUGUUCAUAUUAAUUUAAGUGGUAAUAUUCUGAAACAGUAGAAUUUAUGUAUAAGAUCGUAUUUUGUUUUGCUUGUGCAAUAAGUUUUUUUAUUACUAAUAUUGUAUUAUAUUAAUGUCGAUGUAUUUUUAAUCAUUUUAUUAUAUUUUAGUCUUAAAAGUGAAACAUUAUAGUAAUACUUAUUUUACAAUUUACUAUGCAUUUAGAUGGUAAGAUUUAUUUUGGAGUCCUAAUAGUGUGUAAUGCAUAUUGAAAAUGAAAUGCGCACUUUUAGAGCUUUACGAACUUGUUUAGGUAUGGACAUCAUCAUCAAUAAUGGACUUUUUAUAAACGAACUAAAUUAAUGUUAAAAUGAAUUAGUUAUUCUUCUAUUGGAAACUAAACCAAAAAAAAGUUACUGUGAUAUUAAAAAAAAAAAACGUUAUCGCAUUUAGGUAUUUUAACGUUGGCAUAUUAUUAUUCAUCACAGUUAUAAUAAUUAUUGUGGAUUUCAAAAUAUUGUUCUAUCGUUUCAAAGUAGUGUUUAAUUGUUAUUCAGCUUUGAAAUUGCGUAGCUACUACAUACAUAUUUAAUUAAACUUAUGCAUACGUAUAUUUGUUAGCUUUACUUACAAAUGUGAAUGAAACUUAUUUUAAAAUAUAUUUUUGCUAAACUUU